AAGGGUUUCGUAAGAGAACGUGGCCAUUGGCAACUGGCAAUAUAUUUACAAUGUCAUGGUCAAAUGCCUCAUCUACCUCUUAAGAAAUUCAAAUUAAUCGAAUUAAUUAAGUUUUAUUUCCUGUAAUCCUUAUAUCAUGGUUCUUAUCAUGUUGACUUUGUUCAAAUAAUAUACGAUAAUGGGAACGCAAAGGUGGGACGCACACUCCAUGUAUACAAACUGUUCCGCAUGAACCGAAAAAACACAGGGAAAUAAGUCUUCUCGUGUCACAAUCUGGCUACCGAACUUUAACGACAACCAACGAGUACGCAAAGAUCAGGUUUACUCUCACGAGACACAUGGCCUUUUCUUACCGUCCCUUAUGACUACUACCUCACCCUCCUUAUAAAACCUCCCCCAAAAGCACUUGCACUCCAUCAUAAUCAUACGCAUCAUGGAAUUUAUUUCCAGACAGAGAGAGAAAGUUGCAGUAUAAUUGCAGUGGAGAGAGUAAUCAUUUUUGUACAAACAUUGUGGAAUUAGUUCUUAAAUACUUACCAAUUUUGGGUUGAGGUGCUGACGAUUGUAAGUGCACUCCGAGGUUCAAAUACUUACUCUUGAAGAGAGAGAGAGAGAAUGAAGAUCCAAAAACAAAGCUCGAGGCUAGUCACCCCAUCCUACGAAACCAAAUCCUAUUCCUACCUCUCCACCUCCACCACCACCGUCCCGCUAAGCCCCUUUGAUCGAGCUGCGGGCAACGCUCACAUGGCCAUAAUCUAUGCCUACAAAGCCCCGACCCCCCCAAACUCUGCCCUUGAAAUUGGCCUACGCCUUGUCCUUGCCGAUUAUCGCGAGUGGGCUGGUCGACUCACAGAUGAUCGACGAGCCAUUGUCCUCAACGACAAAGGCGUGCGCUUCGUCGAGGCCACUGCCUCUUGCACACUAGAAGAGGCCACUCCCUUUAAAUCGACCCGCCAGCUCUGGGCCCUUCACCCAAGCAUGAAAGGUAUUGAGGAGUUAAUGCAAGUCCAGCUCACUCGCUUCACUUGUGGCUCCCUCGUCAUAGGGUACACGACCAAUCACCUGGUAGCCGAUGGCGAGGCCACCGGCAGGUUCCUUGCGGCCUGGGGGCAAGCCACGCGUGGCCUAUCGGACUACCCGGUAGCAAUACACGACCGGGUCAUGCUCAAGCCACGCGAUCCACUCUCCAUCGAGUUCGACCACUCGGGCAAUGAAUACAUGGGGAAGACUCUCGUGAAGGACGUUCCAUGGGAGAAAAUGGUUAGUGACGUUAGACUACACAAGGCCCACUUUUCACCUGACUUCUUGGCCAAGCUCAAGGCGCGAGUAUCAGUGCGUUGUCUCCCAGGCCGCGGCUACAGCACCUUCGAGUGCCUGGUGGCGCACCUUUGGCGAAAGGUGACUCGCGCGCGGGGUGUGCCUGCGACGGAGACCAGCCAAUUGCGCAUCCCAGUUAACGUGCGUGGGCGCCUCGUCCCGCCUAUUCCCCACGAGUACUUCGGCAACAUGGUCCUCUGGGCCUUUCCACGAGUCACGGUUCGGGACCUUUUAGGCGAGCCCCUGAACCAUGUGGCGGAGUGGGUGCGCGCUGCCAUUGCUCAAGUGAACGAUAGGUACGUGAGGUCCUUUGUGGACUUUGACACGUGCGUAGAGAUAGAGGGGCUCUGGAAUGAGUUGGUCCCCACGGCCGAGGUGGACUCCACUGUCUUUUGCCCAAAUAUGGAGGUGAAUAGUUGGUUGAGGUUGCCAUUUCAGGACGUGGAUUUUGGGAGUGGAGGGCCUGAUCUUUUCAUGCCCUCUUGCUUUCCAUUGGAGGGUGUAAUGGUCAUUGUGCCUUCGGCUCACGAGAAAGGUGGCAUUGAGGUUUAUCUCUCUCUCUUCGAGGCGAACAAGGCCGCAUUUCAAAGGAUUUGCCAAUCCAUAGACUAGAGGAUUAAUUUAGAGCCACUCCCUGAUUCAUAAAUAUAUAUUUUUAUUUUUUUUUGUCUAAAGCAGUGUACUAAAAUCGAACCUCCCGCCCUCGAAUACAGGCCAAAAUCUUAUGCAAACUACAAAUUUUAUGCGACCGAUACAAACGAUGCUGGAUUAUACAUUUUCCUUUUAUAAAAAGGACCUUGACAAUAAGAUGCCCCUUGCCUUCCUUUCCUAACCCUCUACCACGC